GUUGCUUUCAUAGAUUCAAUAUAGAGUUACGCUAUAUAAAAUACUUUUUUUUUUUUUCUUUUUUUAUAUACAUUUUCAAUUAAUUUCAGUCAUUAGAUUUAAUCAUGUACAGACCUCCACCUCCAGGAAGCUUUUCUCCUUCACCUUAUGGUGGACCUCCUCCUUUAGGCAUUAGACCACCAGUAGCAUCAACAUGGCAGAGACCUCCGCCACCACUUCCUCCUAACACAUCUGUUUGGAAAGAGCAUACAACACCAGAAGGUCGAAAAUAUUGGUACAAUAAUAUAACAAGACAAAGCACAUGGGAAAAACCUGACGAAUUACUUACACCAGAAGAAAAAGUUUGGAAAGAAUCAGCCUGGAAAGAAUAUACAACACCUGAGGGUAAAAAAUAUUAUAGUAAUUCAAAGACAAAACAAACUGUUUGGGAAUUACCUGCCGAUCUAAAAGAAAAACUUGAAAAGGCUAAAACUGCAAUAAAUGAAAAAGCAUCUAUUAAACCAGUAAUGCCUAUAUUACCUUCAACUUCUAUUCGACCUCCCAUUUCAGCAUCCUUUGUCUCAGAAACUAUUCCCGAAUUUGCUACAAAGCAAGAAGCAGAGGCUGCCUUUUUCCAAUUAUUAAAAGAAACCGGUGUUAAAUCUGAUUGGAGUUGGGAACAAGCAAUGCGAGCGAUCAUUACAAAACCUCUCUAUAGGGCUCUUAAAACAGCAGCAGAGCGUAAAGCAGCCUUCCAAAGUUGGGCAGAGGCGGAAGCCAAACGUGAACGCGAAGCACGUGAAGCAGAAGAAGCACGACUUCGCAAAGAGUUUGAACUUGUCUUACAAGAACAUGAUAUUAAACCUUAUACACGCUAUCGUACAUUUAUUAAAUUAUGCGGCGAUCAACCUGCAGUUAAGGCCUUGUCAGAUCGACAACGUGAAAUUUACUUUGAUGAUUAUAUACAACAAUUACAAAGGGCUGAAAAGGAUAGGUUACGUGAUUUAAGGAAAGAAAAUAUGGAGAAAUUUGCGAGUUUAUUAAAAUCAAUUCCAGAAAUUACAUACAAGACAUCAUGGAAGGAGGUACAAGAGUUGUAUGAGGAUCGUAAAGGUGAUUUACAAUUUGAGGGUAUGGAUAUGUUGGAUUUCUUUUCUGUUUUCGAGGAAUAUCAUAGAACAUUAUGGGAAGAGCCCCUAAGAGAAUUAGAAAUAAAAGUUCAGGCAAGAAAGAGGAAAGAACGAAAGGCAAGAGAAGGAUUCAGGGAAUUAUUACAUGAAUUAGUCUCAAAUCGUAAAAUCAAUGUACGCACUAUGUGGAAAGAGAUUCAUCCUCUAAUCAAGGAUGAUCCACGCUAUAUUACAGCUGUUGGAUUACCUGAUUCGACACCUCUAGAUAUGUUUUGGGAUAUCAUUGAUGAUUUAGAUGAACAAUUCUAUCAUCAAAAAAAGAUGGUUUAUCAUGCUUUAGAAAAGGCCCAACAAGAAAUCACUUUGGAGACAUCCUAUGAAGAUUAUUUAAAGGCAGUGGCUGAUGUUAAGGUCGAGCCAGAAGAAAAUAUAAAACUUAUCUUUGACUAUCUACAGUCAAAAGCAGCUCAACGUAUUAAAGAUGAGAAAAGAAGACAAGCUAAACGACUUCGUAAAAAGAUGGAUAACUUUAGACAUGCUUUAAAACAUGCCGUUAAACAACCUUCUAUUCAAAUUGAAGAUACAUGGGAAAUCAUAAAACCUCGUGUAGAAAAGUUGGACGAAUAUAAAGAGCUUGAUGAUGAUAACUUGAGAAAAGAAGUAUUCGAGAAAUUUAUAAAGCGACUCAAGGUAAAUAGCCAAAAAAAGAAAAAGAAACACACGCGCACACAUAUAAAGGUAAGGCUGUUAUAACUCUUCUUCCUUUAUAAUAGGAAAAGAAAGAGCGUGAAGAAGGAGAAGAGGAUGAGGAAGAAGAGGAAGGAAUAAUUAAAGAAGAAGAAGAGGAUGAAAUAGAAGAUAGUAGUUAUCAUCAUAGUCGAAGCCGUAAUAGAAAAGAAUAUGAGUUAAUGGAGGAAUACAAUAGAAACAAAAAGAGAAGAAAGAGGCAUGGAUAUUCAAGUGCUGAAGAAGGUGAAGCACUUGAUGAUUAUCAAAAUGAUCCUCGAAGAUUAAAAUAAGAUCCUUACAUUCUAAAUAUUUUUAUAAUAAAAUAAAUGAAUGAAAGUGCAUUAAUUUUAA